AUGGAAUGGUUUCUGAUAAUUGUAACAAUAGUAAUGGCAUUAUUAUUAUUAUUUGUCAACUUUUACUUACUCAUUCUUUAUUGUCAUCGUAUUUUAAUGAAAUCUAUAGUAAAUAGCUGAAGAUAGUGGUUGGGGUUCAUCAUUAGUAUGCAAAGUAUUUGUGAUAAUUGGAAUGACAUUGACAUGGGCUUAAGUAUUGAUGUUACCAUUAGAUGCAGCAAAUUCAAGGUAAUAUCAAUUAUCCAUUAACUUAGAGGACUUGGAGAAGGCUUAGAUAUGGAUUUUUUUUGGAAAUUCAUCUAUAUGCUGAUUUUGAUUUUUGGAACCCUUUUCAUUCCAUUUGCUCAAUAUUAUUAUGAAUCAGAUGAUGAGAAAUCUGUAGGUUAAAGAUGUUGUGCAGCUCUUUACUAAUAAUUAUGCUUUGUGAUAAUCAUAGCAUUAUUACUAUUUAUCUCUUAUGCAUUUUUAAGAUUUGCUGAUAUCCCAGUCUAUAUAUCAGUUAAAUCUUGUACAUAGCCAACUGAUUUCUUAGAUUCUGAAACACCAUAUACAAAUGUGGCAAACUCUUUACAGGAGGAUUCUGAAGACAGUUUGGAAUAUGAAGUCAGUUUCCCUGUUUAUGUUAUGGCAUUUAUGUCUUUAUUUGGUUAUUGUUUAUUUGUACUUUUUGGUGGAGUUGGUUUGACAGCCUUACCUGUUGAUUUGAUAUAAGAAUUUAUACAUAGACCUAAAAAAUUGACAUCUGCUGAAGGAACUUAGAAGAAAGGUAGUUUAAAAAGGAAAUCAUAUGAAUUAAUUGAAGAAGGCAAUAAAAUUAGAGAUGAUAAAAAAGAUGCUGUUAUUUAAGAUGGUUGGUGGGCUAGAUAUAGAGAAAAUAGAAAAGUUAGAACACAAUUUACAAAAUAUAAGAAUGCUGUUUUGAGUUUAGAUAGAGAUUAUGAAAUAUUUAAAUUAGAAAUUAAGUAUUUUGAUACUAAUCCAAUAAUUUGGUACUUUAAGUUAGUAUUUGGAGUGAUAUUCUGUGUUAUUUCUUUUAUAUGGUGGUUGCAUAUGUAUUAUUUUGAAUCAUAUUAAAAGAUUAUUAUUUAUAGUAAUAAGAGAUGCAGAUGGUAUAUCAGCAAGUCCUUUCCUUAAUAAAAUUUUAAUUGGUUUAGAAGAUGGAAAUGCUGGAUUUUUAUGUGUUGGUAUAUUUGGAUUCCUUUGUAUAUAUUUAUUAUGGUGUACAUAAAAGGGUAACAUUAAAUUUGGUCUUAGAAUUCCCUUCCUAUUCUCUUUACAUAUAAUGAAGUAUUAUAUUAUUCAUAUAAUAGAAUAAAUGAGACCUGGAUGAAUACUUUCCUAUUUAAUAUAUAACUUAUGCUUAUUUGUUCAGUGGCAGUUACUUAGUUUUGUACCAAAGCCUUUUCCCAAUACAUUAGAUUGAGUACUCUUAAUAGUAAUUCUAUAUUUAAAAAUAGUGUUGUUUAGUACUUAAAUAUAAUAUCUACGUUUCUUUACUUAUUUAUAUUCAAAUAAUGUCUUUGAAAUUAUUCUAUUAGUUUGGUCAGUUUUAACAAUGAUAUAUUUGCUUAUCAGAAGAUCAGAUAAACCUAAAAUGCUAAAAGAUAUCGAAGAAAUGUAAAAACAAUAAUUCAAGUGA